GCUCUCAGCUUUGACGGCGCGACAACGACUUGUCCCUCUUUGUUUCGAACGCAAUCGAUCUAGAGACUCGAGAUACGGUGCGGAUAUUGCAACAUCUGGCACGUUUGCGAUAGCCACGACCCUUUGACACGCGAGAUCCUUACGCGCCGACGACCACGCAGAAAAGUCGACACCAUCCUUUCGAAACUCACCCAACAACUCCCUCCGCAACCAUGUCGACACUCUUUGGUGGCGCGUCGAGCUCGUCGACGAGCACCACCGUCGGCGACCUCAAGGCUGAUGUCGCGCUCGAAAUGCCUCCCACCGACAGCGUCUCCGACCUGGCCUUCUCUCCCGCGCCCAACGGCCCCGACUACCUCGCCGUCUCUAGUUGGGACUCCAAGGUCCGCAUCUACGAGAUUGAUGGGAAUGGCCGGAGCCAAGGUCGUCAUGUCUACGAGCAUUCCCAACCCGUUCUGAAUGUCGACUUUUCCAAGGACGGAACCAAGAUCGCCUCAGCAGGCGCUGACAAGAACGUCAAGGUCUGCGACCUCGCCUCGCAGCAAGACAUGGUCGUUGGAACGCACGACCAGCCCGUGCGGACGGUCCGCUUCUUCGACAGCGGCAACGGGCCCAUGGUGGUCUCUGGCUCCUGGGACAAGACGGUCAAGUACUGGGACCUGCGGCAGCAGCAGCCGGCCGCGACCCUGUCCUGCCAGGAGAGGGUCUAUACCAUGGACGUCCGCGACAAUCUCUGCGUCGUGGGAACCGCCGACCGGUACAUCAACGUCAUCGACCUCAAGAACCCUACCAAAUUCUACAAGACUCUGCAGAGCCCGCUUAAAUGGCAGACCAGGGUGGUUAGCUGCUUCACUGACUCUGCGGGCUUUGCUAUUGGUAGUAUUGAGGGUCGUUGCGCGAUUCAGUAUGUCGAGGACAAGGACUCGAGCUCCAACUUCUCCUUCAAGUGUCACCGUGACCCCCCAGCCAACAGCGUCACCAACGUCUACGCCGUCAACGAUAUCUCGUUCCACCCCGUCCACGGCACCUUCAGCACGGCCGGCUCCGACGGUACGUUCCACUUCUGGGACAAGGACGCCAAGCACCGUCUCAAGGGCUACCCCAACGUGGGCGGCAGCAUCACGGCCACCACCUUUAACAAGAACGGAAGCAUCUUUGCCUACGCCGUUAGUUACGACUGGGCCAAGGGCUACCAGCACAACACUCAGAACUACCCCAUCAAGGUGAUGCUGCACCCCGUCACCAACGACGAGUGCAAGCCCAGGCCGUCCAUGAAGAAGCGGUAGACAAACUCCGACAUGUCGCGUGGGGUUUCUGAUGGGCGGUGAAAGAGGGACGCGGGACGGGACGCAGACGAGGCUCCAUGAGCCGUCGGCUGGUUGGUUCGUUAUUGGUUGCCUGCAUCUAACCUGCGAAUAUGUACUGUACGACAAAGUGGCGAGACCCAGAGAUUGACAGGAACAGAGGCCAAAAGGGGAAAGGAAGGAAGGGAAGGGAAGGGAAGUUGAGCCGGAACAUGGAGGGGGGUUGCAGGUGGUGUUUUACGAGAGAUGAUACCAUAGACACAACACAACAUCAACACAACAUCAACGCAAAACUCGGCGCAGCAUGACGCUCGAGAGGCGCAUCAAUCAUUCUCACUUCUAUAGUAGUUACUUGGCUUUGAAUUUGGCGAAUGGUUAUUUAGUAAUUUAUUCGCAUGG